AAUUGCCUCCUGAGCACUGAACAGAAACUGAACCAGGAUCAGGAUCAAACAUCAAUCACCAAUAAAAACUGCAGAAACACAGGGGCAGGAAAGAACCAGAAAGUUAAAGACUGAGUUGCGCAUAAAGUCUCUGGCAACAAGUCAGCCACUUAUCCAUCUCUCCUUUUGCCUGAAAGCGAAGAGGACAAGCAGAAGGACGGAUCACUGAGACCACGAGAGUGAACAAGAGAGGUGUUGAAAUAAGAAUCAGGACAGCAUCCAAGCAUAACCAAGGCAAACAAGAAGCAGCAAAGGGUUGUGUGUUCCAGCCAUUCACAAUGUGGUUCCUGGCUGUAAUGUGGAUCUCCAGCCUUCUCAUAGGCACUCAGGCUCAGAACACCGCCACCUUCUCGAGAGGGAAUGAUCGCAACCGGCGCUGCCAGUACACCUUCACGGUGGACAGCCCUACAGAAGCCAGCUGCCCCGCAACAGCAUCCAGUGCUGAGAUGGAAGCCUUGAAGUCUCGCAUGGGGCUGCUAGAGGCGCUGGUAUCCCGUCUAGCUGGAGGCGAAGCAUCAGGUACUGAAGCUCAGGUAGGACUCCGGACCGCCUACAACCAGGUGACUGGAGAACGGGACAGGUUGCAGCAGGAGAAAACCAGGCUGACUCAGCAGGUGGGGCAGCUCCAGAAGACGAUGGAGGAGCUCCAGCGUGAGGUGGAGAGGCUGAGGAGCAGACCAUGCCCACAGCAGCCUCCACAAAGUGUACCACUGUAUGACAGCAGCCUCCAACCAGGAAGAGGCACAUCCCAUUCUCAUCCGAGUUCCAGACCAGGGAGGACAGAGACGAGCAGUCUGAGAGACCCCUCUUGGUCCUACGGUAGUCCGGCAUACCAAGAGUUAAAGGCUGAAGUGGCUGAAUUUCCUGCCCCAAGAUCAGAGGGAACUGAAGACAGUAAAGGCUGUGGUGAGCUGCUGUGGGUGGGAGAGCCAGUGACCCACCGUAAGGCAGACAGCAUCGCUGGUAGGUAUGGUGUGUGGAUGCAGGACCCUGAAGCCGUGAGCCCUUAUGGCUCCAACAUGUUGUGGCGAAUUGACACGGUAGGCACAGAAGUGCGCCAACUAUAUGGCUACGAAGACAUGGAUCAGCUCUCUCGUGGCUUUCCAGCCAAAGUGCUGCUCUUGCCUGAGGCGGUGGAGAGCACAGGUGCAGCUAUGUACCACGGCUCACUCUACUACCAACGCCGCCGUAGCCGUACACUCAUUCGGUAUGAGUUGGGGUCCGAGAGUAUUGCUUCCCGCAGAGAUCUCCCACAUGCCGGCUUCCAUGGGCAGUUCCCCUACUCAUGGGGUGGCUACACAGACAUUGACUUUGCUGUGGAUGAGAACGGCCUCUGGGUCAUCUACAGCACCAACAAGGCUAAAGGUGCCAUUGUGGUCUCCCAGCUGGACCCUCACAACCUGGAGGUGAAGAAGAGCUGGGAGACCAACAUUCGCAAAAACACAGUGGCCAACGCCUUCAUGAUCUGUGGCAGGCUGUACACAGUAGCCAGCUACGCCUCACCCAACACCACAGUCAACUACAGCUUUGACACAGCCACCAGCCAAAGCAAGGCCAUCGCCAUCCCAUUCCAAAAUCAGCACCGUUACAACAGCAUGAUCGACUACAACGUUGCUCAGAGGAAGCUUUUUGCCUGGGAUAACUACCAUAUGGUGUCUUAUGACAUCCGGCUGGGGAAGCAACAGUGAAGGGUUAGGGUUAGCAGGUAUGCUGGUAGGGUAGCAGUAGUGGAAGAGGUUAGCAGAUUGUAAACUGCAAAAAAAUAUGGUUAUGCUGGCUUUGCAGCUCUUCAUAUACUUACAAUUUGAAAUGAUCACAGAUGUAAGCAAAAGCUGUAGCAGUCAUCAAAACAUAUCAGAAAUCUGUUCACAAGGUAAAUGAGUCCGAUUAGUGUUCUUCAACCAUAUUACAGAAAAAUCACAGGCACAUAUCGAUACUAAUGGAAUCUAAAUCAACAGAAUUACAGGCAGCCAGUCAUAUGAAGCUGCUUCAGAUCCAGCUUGUUGGCUUCGUUUCUGCUUGUAACUCAUUAUUUAAAAUAUAUAUGCCUUGGAGAAAAAUAUUCCAUAAUGAAAAAAAUGUACCUUUUUUGUUCAUUUUAAGUUACCAAACAGCCUUAUUUUAAAUACGAUAGUUUUGUAGUGGCAUGGCCCACUUUGCUGUGUUAAUAGAGAAAUUAUUUUUCUACAAUUUUGUUUGUAUACAGCACUGUACGUCUGAGAGAGGAAAGCACAUUUAACAUAUGCUAAAAUUAAUGCGUGUACAUAAACUUAAACAAAUUUUGUCCUUUAGCUAGUCCAAAUCAGUAUUUCUAUCACUCAAUACAACAUGGUACUGAUUUUAUAGCUAUUCAUGAAACUUAUGUACAAUCUCAAAAGAAUAAAAGGUUAUUGUAUAAUGAAUACGGCUGACUUAUUUUUAUCUGAAUCCUUAUUGAACACAAACUACACAAAAGAGAUGUACAUAAUCUCCAUAUUUUUAACUAAAAGGCUUCAAUAAAAGAAGAGGAAACCAAAACA